GCCCCUCCCGCUCCUCCUCCGGGAUACUCCAUCAGCAACUCCGAAUCAAACACACCCCGGGAUUAUUAACGGCAGAUACCCACGUGGUGUGUGAUGGAGGAGAGCAGCAGCAGCAACAUGCGGAGCGGACAGACAGAAGAAAUGAAAAAGGCCCGAGAAAAGAGCGACAAGAAGAAGAAGAGGAGUAAAGAGGAGGAAGAGCAGGAGGAAGAGAUCUUCAGCUUCAACAACAAAUCAUCUGAGGUAGAGGAGGAGGAGGAUGAAGAUCUGUCAGACAGCGAGGACAGCGUCUUCUCUGGGCUGGAGGAUUCUGGGAGUGACAGUGAAGAUGAUGAAGAGGAAGAGGAGGAGGAGGGAUCACAUGACGACGAUGACGAUGAUGAUGAUGAAGAUGAUGUGAAGGUGGAGCCACAGCAGACUCAGCAGACAGAGAAGAAGAAGAAGAAGGUGACAGAAACAGCAGAAGAAGAAAAAAAGGAAGACGAGUAUGAACACGACUCAUCAGACGAAGAGGACAUUAGGAACACAGUGGGGAACAUUCCCAUGGAGUGGUACAAAGACUUCCCUCACAUUGGCUACGAUCUGGAUGGGAAGAAGAUCUACAAGCCAAUCAGAAACAAGGACGAGCUGGAUGACUUCCUGGACAAAAUGGAGAACCCUGACUACUGGAGAACGGUCCACGACAAGAAGACAGGAAGUGACAUCAUCCUGUCAGAUGAGCAGGUGGAGCUGGUUAACCGUCUGCAGCGAGGACAGUUUGGAGAUGUCACCUUUAACGAGUAUCAGCCCUCGGUGGACUUCUUCAGUAAAGACGUGAUGCUUCAUCCCGUCACCAACAGACCUGCAGACAAACGCAGCUUCAUCCCGUCACUGAUCGAGAAGGAGAAGGUGUCUAAACUAGUCCACGCUAUAAAGAUGGGAUGGAUCAAACCUCGGCGGGUGGAGGACGACAGUAGGGGGCGGUACUAUGACCUUUGGGCCAAUGAGGACUCCUCUAUUUUAGCCAAGCACCGGAUGCAUCUGCCUGCUCCCAAAAUCCCUCUACCUGGUCACCAGGAGUCCUACAACCCUCCACCUGAGUACCUGUUCACUGAAGAGGAGCGGGCUCUGUGGGAGCAGCAGGAUCCAUCAGACAGAAAGGUUCCAUUUGUUCCACAGAGGUUCUCCAGUCUCCGUCAAGUUCCUGCAUUUCCUCGUUUCAUCCACGAGCGAUUUGAGCGCUGCCUCGACCUUUACCUGUGUCCCCGUCAGAGGAAGAUGAGGGUAAAUGUGAAUCCAGAAGAUCUGAUUCCAAAACUUCCCAAACCCAAAGACCUGCAGCCAUUUCCCACCACACAGUCUCUGGUGUAUCGGGGUCACAGCGGUCUGGUUCGGUCCAUCAGUGUGUCUCCAUCAGGACAGUGGCUCGCAUCAGGCAGUGAUGACGGCUCCGUCAGGUUCUGGGAGGUGUGUUCGUCUCGCUGUAUGAAGACAGUCCAAGUGGGCGGAGCUGUGAAGAGCGUCACCUGGAACCCCAACCCGUCUGUCUGUCUGCUGGCUGUCGCCCUGAACUCUGUGGUGUUGAUCCUGUCUCCCUCUCUAGCAGACAAACAGGUAGUCUCAGCGUCAGAGCGUCUUCUGGUUGGUCAGCAGGAAGCAGAGUCUACAGAGGGGGAGGGGCCGGUCACCUGGAGCGAGGCUGAAGGGGAGGAACUUAAUCAGGGGAUACGCCUGAAAAUACAUCAUCCCAAAGCUGUCCACCAGGUGGAGUGGCAUGCUAAAGGUGACUACUUGGCGUCCGUAAUGCCGGAUCACUCGAGCCACCUGCAGGUGUUCAUCCACCAGGUGAGCAAGAGGCGGAGCCAGAACCCCUUCAGGAAGAACAAAGGUCUAGUUCAGUGCGUAUCCUUCCACCCCAUCAGGCCCUACUUCUUUGUGGCGACGCAGCGCUCUGUCCGGAUCUACAAUCUGGUGAAGCAGGAGAUGACCAAGAAGCUCCAGGCCAACUCCAAGUGGAUCUCCAGCAUGGCCAUCCACCCCGGAGGUGAUCAUGUGAUCUGUGGGAGUUACGACUGUAGGCUGAGCUGGUUCGACCUUGACCUCUCAACCAAACCUUACAAGAUGUUACGACACCAUAAGAAAGCAGUGAGGGGCGUGGCUUAUCACAGACUAUACCCGCUGUUCGCUUCAGCUUCCGACGACGGAUCUGUGAUCGUUUGUCACGGGACCGUUUACAAUGACCUGCUGCAGAACCCGCUGAUUGUUCCGGUGAAGGUUCUUAAAGGUCAUGUGACGACUCAUGACCUUGGCGUUCUGGAUGUGACCUUUCACCCCACACAGCCAUGGAUCUUCUCGUCGGGAGCUGACGCCACCAUCCGCCUCUUCACCUAGCAACCUGUCAGCCAUCCGGUUGCUAGGAAACCAGCUGAUGUCUGUGUGUGUUUUUAAUUAAACUGAACGUUUCUCAA